AUGGAGAAUUUCCGAGAAGUUAUCGAGCAGCGUUUUCCGUUCUCUAUAAAAUUGUUCAGCCUUAGGUACGUUGCGACGCAUCUUGACCGCAUCAAGUCUUUGUUAAGCAGAGAAGAUGCUGUUGCCAGCCGCCUGGAUAUGGAAACCUACAGGCAGUACGUGAGUGACCUGGAAUUCGACUGGCAAGACGAUUUAAAAAUGGGCUGCUGCGUGGUGCGCAAAGAGGACCCUGCUGAAAGACCAAUAGCUGUGGCCAUCGCAUCUGUAAGUGCGUACAGGGCGGAUGUGAGGAGGCCGACCAAACUAAACUGGUGA